UUUUUUGCGAUUACAUCUAAUUGUCCAGGCUGUAAUGAUAGUAUCUUGUACCUGAACCGGUGGUUCACUUUUUCUAAGUAAUGGAGAAAAAGAGAGAUCUUUCUCGAUUAAUCUCUUUGCCCCUCAUUCUUCGAUAAUCAGAAAGAGACUUUUUCAAGUUUGAAUUUGUUCAUUUGUAAUUUGAGUUAUUCUACUUUAUUUUUAUUUACUUACUAGAUGUCUUUCUGUACCAUGUGCAGUAAAAAAAAUUAAAAUAUUUUUUAACAGAUAAAUAUAAAUUAUAUUUUAAAAUAAAAUUUUAUCAAUAUUGUAAUUUUUUUUCGUAUCAAUAUUUUAAUAUAAAUUUGAUUUAAUUAAACAUAAAAAUUUUUCUUAUAAAAUUUGUAGAUAUAUAAGAAAAUAAUAAUUUUACGAUUAAAUUUUUAUAAUUUUCUAAAAAAAAUGUAUACAUUUUUGAAAAUUUUAGUAAUAAAAUUGUAUAAUUUUUGAAUAUAUUUAUUUUAAUGAUGAUUUAUGAGUUAUUCCCAUAAUCGAAAAAAAAUUCCAAAAAUAUAAAUUGACAUUACAUGUAAUAUAUGAGUUAUUACCUUAUUUUAAAAAAGUUUACCAAAAAUAUAAAUUAACAUUAAAUGCAAUUGUCCAUGUCAUAUUAAUUUAUAAGUUAUGUCAUCAAUUUCAGUAGUCAUGUCAUAUUUGUUUCGUGAAAUUGAUUGUAAAAAAGAUAUGUGUAAAAUGAUUUUGCAAAUAUAGUCUAGGGAUUAUUUCUUUAUCUUCCAACGUAUACAAUUGAUAUCUCGGUUAUGGAAACCCAGAAAUAUAACUAAACCCUGAAAUUCGGUUAAGACAAGCGUGUCGGUUACAGAUAAACCAGAAUAAACCUAACCGACUAGCUAAACCCAAACCACCUCCUCUUUGAUUGAGAGAAUAAAAGUAAAGCUUAAACCCUUCUUCCUCCGCCGUUCUCCCUUACUCUCUUCCAAGCUCAAGCUCAAGCUCAACCCAUUGGCGAUUCUCCUCUUCGGACCAAUCUGGCUUUCGCAUCCAAACGGAAGAAAGAACCUUGAAAGCGUAAAACUUUGCACACACACACACACACACACACUCUUUGAAUCAUGGCGACCCCAGCUGAUGCUCGGGCCGUGAAGUCGCUCAACACUUCCGGGGGACGUAAGAAAUUCGUGUUCAAGAAUCUCGCUCAGAAAGUCAAUGAGAUUGACAUCAGCGGUUUCUUCAAGAGCCUGGAGAAGGUUAAGCCUGAGCCUUCAGAGGGCUCCUCGUUUUUCAGAGACUGCCUCGUCGAAUUGAGGGAACUGAAUACAGCAGAAGAUUUCAUCUCGUUUUACGAGGAAAUGUUGCCAUUUGUUCAGACUUUGCCUUUGGUUAUUGAGCAAAAAGAAAUAAUCUUCACCAAGCUCGUCUCGAGAUUACAAAUGGAUGCAAGAUUGUCCCUGGACGCCAUUCUCAGGUUGAUUGCUGCUUUAUCAAGAGAUCUCUUGGAGGACUUUAUCCCCUUCCUUCCACGGAUAGUGAACUCCUUAGUGGCACUCCUAGAAAAUGGUGCCAAGAAAGACGCGGAUAUUAUCAAGCAGAUAUUCUCUUCAUGGUGCGAGAUAUUAAUGAAUCUGCAGAAGUAUCUAGUACGCGACAUCGAAGGUAUUCUCAGGGAUACGUUGGACUUGAGGUAUCAUCCCAAAGACUACAUCAAUGAAUUAAUGUCAGAGUCUAUGUCAUUUUUGUUGAGGAAUGCGCGGAAUGAGCAACUUGAAAAAGGGAUCAACAGGAUCCUUUCCGAAGUUGCAGAUCCAGCCAAACAAGAUGGAGCAGUUGAUUUACUUUAUUAUGCUAUGAGAGGAACCUCUGGAAGUCUCCAUUCAAAAGCCGGGAGAGUUCUCAGUUUCUUGCUGAAAGAUUCAACAUUAUCUUUUUGUGAUAAUUCUCCUCAAGGCGCUGGUACAGUCGUGGGAGUUGUUAGUUCCACUUUGGAGAGAUUAUGCGAGGAUUUGGAAGCAGACAAAUUAAAUGUGAUGUGGAAGUGCUUGAUUCAAGAAAUAAACGAAUCGAUCAAAAACAAAAACUCUGUUCAUUUAAGCCGACUGUUGAGUGUGCUUACUGCAGCUGUCAGGGUUCAGAAAGGUCUCAAGGUUCAUGAUUACCCAUCUUUGAUUCGACUUGUGGGCCUCAUUGUGUCAACUUUUGUGGCUUCCUCUGAGACCGUUGUAGAAGGGGAUAACCUAUCUGCUGUCAUUGAUGAAGUUCUGCAACUGAUGUUAUGCACAAUAAACAGAGUCACUGAUUUGGAAACUGUUGCUUCGCAAUGGGCUCCCAUUUUUGCCGUGAAGCGUUCAAGUUUGCUGACUUUUCUGGAGGAGUUGUUGAACAAGGAUCAAUCGGUAGUGAAAGCCUUUACAAACAAUAUAUUAAGUGCAAUCAACAAUAUGAUUUGGGAGUCUUCUGAGGAAGUUAUUCCUCUGUUACUAACAUUUUGCGAGAACCAACUAACAAGUCACGACAGAGUGACCAUCGUAGAUCAAACAUUUGAGAAAAUUCAUGAGUUUCUGGAAGAAAAUAUCAAGAAGGUUCGACAGAACAUAGAGAACACUGGAUUAUCUCAAACUGAUGAUGCCGAGUUGGCUUCCAUUUGGGGAGUUGUCAACUGUUACCCUUAUUUCAAAGUGGAUUCGUCAUUACUGAUUUCCUUUAAGGAUACUCUCAGACAGCAUUUGACAGUGCCGGAUGCAAACUCGUCUAGUGCCCCAGAAUUGAUGUGGCAGAGCUUACUUGGUGCUGCUUUGAGUUCAUGUCACAAACUGCCGAGAAGAAUCAACCACAACGAUAUAGAGGAAGCAUUGUCUAUGGCUAAAGAUUACAAGUCAUGCGUACAAGUGUUGACCCCCGUGGCCGAUUUUUUGGACUCAAUGCACAGGCUUGCGUUAGGUAAUGAUGACAGGUCUAAGCCACAACCAGAACUUCAAGAAGAAAAGGCUAAAGAUGCUUUUGGCAUAUUUUCGGAAAAUUUGCGCCACCCAAACAAAUGCAUCCGUCUUAUGACGCUGAGGAUUUUGUGCCAUUUUGAAACAUUUUCGUCCGACUCUUCUUCUGAAGAGCAUCCUCCCAAGAAGAAAAUGAAAACUGAGGAGACCAAAAAACCCCUUCAUGAAAGGAAUGUUCUUGAGUUAUUACGCUCAAUCGAAGAGAUUGUUCCCACAGUGAAUACGGAGGGGGAGUUGAUCACUAUGAUUCAUGAAAUAAAAAGGAAUCUCUCUGCUGGCUUGGUACAUGCGGCAUAUUUGCAGCUAGUAUUGAAUGGGCUGAUGGGAAUAUUUCAUAUUAGUUAUACUAAGCUGUGGGGUCCAGCAUCUGAGUGUCUUGAGGUUCUUCUGAGGAAUCACACAGUAACUGUAUGGAGUGAUUUUGUUUGCUAUUUGGACCAGUGCCAGCUAAAAUCUGAGAAACUCGACAAUCAUAGUGAGAAUCCGAACCACAACUUGUCAGAGAGGCCUACUGAUCUGAUUGGCCGUUUUAAUUUAUUUCUCUGUCCGCCGUCUAAUAGCACAACUACUGCAACGGUGGCUACGCAGUUGCUCCAGACCUUGCAGAAAGUUCCCAAAGUUGCUCAGUCCCACGCUUCUGAGAUUCUCCCUCGGUUGCUGAAGUUUCUGGGAUACAACAUUGAAAAUCCUACGAGUGUCGGAUUAUUCAAUGCGCAAGUUUGUAAAGGAGAUGAUUGGAGGAAUGUUCUUAAACAGUGGUUGACUUUGCUGAAAUUGAUGAAAAACCCUAAGUCGUUUCAGUUCAGCGAAUUUCUAAACAACGUUCUGCAGAAUAGAUUCCUGGACGAUAAUGAUGCUGAACUACAAACCAUUGUUCUAGAGUGCCUUCUGUUGUGGAACGACUUCUUACUCCCACACCGCGAGCAUUUGUUGAAACUGAUCAAACCAGAGGAAUUAAGAGAAGAACUCACAACCUCGAACAUGUCCGUAGACAUUGAAGAAGCUCACAAAUCUCUUCUUUUCUCUCUUGAAAUUCGCAUCCUUGCGCCAAAAGUCAGGACAUUAAAGAAUUUGGCUUCACGGAAGCAUACAAGUAUAAAUCACCGGAAGGCAGUUCUUCGCUUUAUAGCUGAGCGGGAUGUUGAUGACCUUGCCCUCUUUUUUGUAUUGUUGAUAAAGCCUUUGAACAUCAUAUCAGAGGAAACAAUGGACUUGUUCUGGAGUUCAGGCAAAGCUUCGCUGGAUUAUUUCCAAAAGGCGGAUUUCUUGAAGGAUUUCACUGGUGAUACUAUUUCUACAUUAUCCAAGAAUCAGAAAUCUGGGUUUCUUCAUGUCAUCCAAGACAUCCUUGAAGUCUUUGAUGAGCUCCGUGUCCGACCUUUUAUAGACUUUUUGAUGGGAUGUGUUGUCCGGCUAAUGGUAAACUAUGAAGAAAGAAACAUUGCAUCAUUGACACCAAGAAAUGACACUGCCGCCUCAUCAACCCCAGACAAUAAAGAGAAUGUUUCAGUUCAUCAAGACCAGGCUGGCACUGCUUUGAAGCAGUUUAAAGAGUUGAGAUCAUUAUGUCUGAAAAUUAUUGCUCAUGUUCUUGAUAAAUACGAGGAUUCUGAUCUUGGUUCCGAGUUCUGGGACCUCUUCUUUUCGGCAGUAAAUCCGUUAAUUAAAAAUUUCAAGCAGGAGGGUUCUAGUAGUGAGAAAACAAGUUCCUUGUUCUCAUGCUUCUUGUCAAUGAGUAGAAACCGCAAUCUCGUGACCCUCUUAUGUCGGGAAGAGUCUCUUAUUCCAGACAUUUGUUCGAUUCUGACAGUCAACACGGCUUCAGACGCUAUAAAGUCGUCUGCACUCAAGUUCAUAGAGAAUCUGCUUUGUCUUGACAGUGAGUUGCAUGAGGAUGACAGUAUGAUCAAAGGCUUCUUAGAUCCGUACAUAGAAACACUGUUCAGCAGCUUGCAUUCUCUUUUCAUUGGGGAUAUUAACAAAAGGAAAUCAAUCAAGUAUCAUGGGGAAAGAGAGAUUAGGAUUCUUAAAUUGUUGUCAAAGCACAUGGGAGAUCAGUCUUGUGCUAUGAAGUAUUUGGAAGUCUUACUUUCUUUCUUGGAUAAAAACGUGAAAGAUUCUGAUAUCCGUCGUGAGGCUUUGCUAGCCAUUCAGGACAUCACAUCGUUGCUUGGGACUGAGAGUGUCACCAAAAUUAUAAACAAAGUCUCUCCUCUACUUGUUGACGCUGAAGUUGACGUUAGAUUAUGCAUUUGUGAUCUUCUUGAAUCUCUUGCAAAAAUCGACUUUUCUCUGGAUGAUGUGGCAAAGCGCAUCCGAGAUAUGAAUUCCAUCUCAGUCAUGGAAGUUGAUGAUCUUGACUAUGAAAGGAUAGUUAAUGCUUAUGUGGAGAUUGACUCGGAUUUCUUUGCUAAAUCCUCGAAGCAGCACACGAUGAUUAUACUGUCACAAAGUUUAUACAACUUAUCAUCGGAAUCCAUUAUGUUAAGGGGAAGCGCACAUAAGCUCUUGUCAUCUUUCAUUGAAUUUUCGGCCUCAAUACUAUGCCAAGAAGCUUCAGCUCACUCUGGCGCUGGCAAAGAGGUCAAAAUAGCUGAUGCAAGCUGGACAGGAAAGCAUACACUGUCCAUUGUGGAUUUUAUCUUGAAACACAUUGCUGAUGCAGUAAGCAAAGGAGGCAAUAUAGUAAAGGAGUGGAUUCUUUUGAUACGUGAAAUGGUGACAAAACUCCCAGAUGCCGGAGAUCUUGGUGCAUUUAGACCUUUAUGCUCUGAAGAUGAGAAUAUUGAUUUUUUUAAAUCUAUUAUUCACAUUCAGUCACACCGUAGAGCAAAGGCGAUUUCACGUUUCGCAAAAGUGGUCGGAGAUAGCAGCCUGCCUGAGGGAGUCUUGAGAAAACUGUUUGUCGCUGUCUUUUUCCACAUGUUGCUCGAUGGACAAGAUGUAAAAGAAAAAGAGAACAAUGUCCGUAAUGCAUGCACAGAGGCCCUUGCAUCUGUAUCGGCACAUAUGAGUUGGAAGUCGUACUAUGCUCUAUUGAAUCGGUGUUUCCGUGAGAUGCACAAUCAUACCAAAAAGGGAAAGCUUCUGCUGCGGCUUAUCUGCUUGAUUUUGGAUAAAUUUCAUUUUACAGAAGAUGGUGGUUACAGGCAAGAGGAGAUUGAGGGGAUUCAUAAAAGCCUUCAAACUGUGUUUGGAAAGAUGCAGAAGCUGAUGGAUUCUGAGUCUGACAAUGUUAAUGUUAACAGCAGUGUGGCUGCGCUGAAGGUUCUAAAGCUGCUUCCCAAAGACGUAAUGGACGAUUAUCUGUCCCCUAUAAUUAAGAGGAUUGCCACUUUUACGAAGAACCGGUUGGAGAGCACACGUGGUGAAGCCAGAUCUGCUCUGGUUGCUUGUUUGAAGGAAUUGGGGCUCGAGUACUUGCAGGUUGUCAUCAAAAGUUUACGUGAUAUCCUGAAACGAGGAUCUGAGUUGCACGUGCUGGGAUACACCGUCCAUUCUAUCUUAUCGAAGUGCUUGUCCAAACCUACGUGUGGGAAGUUGGAUCAUUGUUUGGAUGAUCUCCUUGCUGUGGUUGAAACCGAUAUCUUUGGAGUGGUUGCUGAACAGAAAGAUGUGGAUAAAUUCAAAUCCAAAAUGAAAGAGACAGGAAAAAGCAUGUCAUUCGAGACUCUGAAGUUGAUUUCUGAAAAUGUAACGUUCAGAGAACAUGCAUUGAAAUUACUGUCUCCGGUCACUGCUCAGCUGCGGUGGCAUCUAACUCCAAAGAUAAAACCAGAUCUGGUGAAGAUGUUACAACACAUUGCAGUUGGUAUUGAAGGCAAUCCAUCUGUUGACCAAGUAGAUCUUUUUGUUUUUAUAUAUGGUUGUGUUGAUGAUGGCAUUAACAACAGAAAUGGUCUUGGAGAUCAAGGGUCUUCUCCCCCAUCCAAAAAGAAAAGGAAAUCAAGAGAUGAGACUGUUGGGUUGAUUUCUGGUGCUAUGUCUUGUCCACAUCUUAUAACAGUGUUUGCUCUGGACUUACUGCAAAACAGACUGAAGAAAAUUAAACUCCACAACACUGAUAAAGAGCUGCUGGGGAAGUUAGAUUCGUUUAUUAGACUACUUACUGAAUGCUUGCGUUCUAAGUAUGAAGAGAUUGUCUCAUCAGCCCUUAGAUGUUUCACUUCGUUAAUAUGGUUUCCACUGCCUUCCCUCAUGUCUGGAGCAGAAGAGUUGAAAACAUCAUUGUUGACAAUUGCUCAGUCUGCAGUGGAUUCCAGCAGUUCUCUUGUGCGGUCAUGCCUUAAGCUUUUAACAACGCUCCUCGGUAAUAAAAACAUAACUUUGUCACAGGAGCAGUUAAAGUUGGUGAUUCGGUUCCCCAUGUUUGCUGAUCUGGAGUCCGAUCCAUCCUUUGUUGCCUUUUCACUCCUCAAGGCCAUUGUGAAACGAAAACUUGUGGUUCCAGAGAUUUAUGACGUUGCACUUCAGGUUUCAGAGUUGUUGGUAAAAAGUCAGCUGGACUCAAUCCAAAAGAAAUGCAAAGAGAUACUGUUACAGUUUUUGGUCCACUACCCACUUUCUGAGAAACGUUUACAGCAACACGUGGAAUUUCUGCUGCAAAAUCUGAGGUAUGAACAUCCAACAGGAAGAGAAGCAGUCCUUGACAUGCUUUAUGCUCUUAUCUUGAAAUUCUCAGAUCGCGGCAAGGAGUCAGUUCUUGACAGCCAGUGGAGAACAAUGCUUAUUAAGCUUGCUCCGUGUUUGGGCACCGAUACUAAUAAACAAGUGCUUUCCCGGAUCGGUUCUGUGAUAACACUUCUGAUAAAUUGCAUCAGUGAAGAUCAAGUUGGUUCCGUUAUCUCGGUUUGUCUGUGUUGGUAUAAGCAGCAGAGGGUACAGGCUGUCGCAGCACAGGUGUUGGGAUUUAUAAUUGACGCUAAGAGGAAUCAAUUUCAAAAGCAUAUCCACAAUACAUUGGAGGAUGCCAAAGUGAUAAUGGAGUCUGCUCUCAGUGCUUCCAGCCUGCAUAAUGUUGAGGAAGGCGUUAUUCCGUUCUGGAAGGAAGCAUACCACUCCCUGAUUAUGAUAGAGAAGAUGGUCGGGCAAUUUCCUUAUUUAAAACUCAAAAAAGAUUUAGAGGAUGUUUGGAAAAUGGUAUUUAAGUUCUUGUUGCACCCACACGCAUGGUUAAGAAGUAAAUCCUGCCGGCUACUGAAUUAUUAUUUCAAGGCAUUGGCUAGGAGGAAAAGAGCAGAAUCUCAGAUAGUAGUAUCUGAUUCUCUUCUUGAGAACCCAAGUAGCCUGUUCUCGGUUGCUGUUUCUCUUUGCUCCCAGUUAAAGGAGCUACCCACCACAGGGGAUGACAUUGAAGAUCUCCUCAUAGAAAAUAUUGUUUUUGCGGUCUCGAGUCUUCAUUCCCUGAUUGGACAUUCUGUUCAAGCAACAGACGAUGGGUUCUGGUCCAGUCUUGGCGAGGAUGAGCAAGUGGUGUUCCUAAAAGCCUUUGAAGUGCUUGAUUCGGGUAAGGGAAGGUCUACGUUUCUGUCUCUUACCUCAGGCAAACGUACUGAUAACGGCGAGGAGGAGGAUGCUGCGAGUGGUGUAAGGAAUGUAUUGAUUGGAAGCUUGCUCAAGAGGCUCGGGAAGGUUGCUCUUGAUACGGAGUCUGUUCAGAUGAAGAUUGUGUUCAACGUCUACAAAGCAUUCACCUCACAGAUGAAUCAAGUAGAAUGUCGUUUAUAUGCCUACAAAAUUCUGCUUCCAUUGUACAAAGUCUGCGAAGGUUUCACAGGAAAGAUCAUCUCAGAUGAGUCUAAACAACUAGCAGAGGAGGUACGAGACAGUAUAAGAGACAAUACUUUAGGCAACCAACUGUUUGUGGAGGUUUACAGUGAGAUAAGGAAAAGUCUGAGAAACAAGAGGGAGAAGAGAAAGAGAGAAGAAAAGACAAUGGCAGUGGUGAAUCCAGAGAGAAAUGCAAAGAGGAAACUGAGGUUAGCUUCAAAGAACAAAGCCAACAAGAGGAGGAGGAUGACAAGCAUGAAGUUAUCUAGAUGGGCUCGCUCUUGAGUUAAAGACUUUAACUUAAAAGUACUCUAGUGAAAUUUUGAAGUAUUCAUUAUCAGUGUUAUCUUUAGAAGAAGAUUUAAAACACUUGUCAUGAUUGUGUAAGAUUCUGUCAUUCCUCCAAACAAUUUGAUUAUCCAAUUUUGAAUUUAUAGCUUUCAUAUC